AAAAAAAAAAUACGAAUUUGAAUCACAAUAAAAACUAAAGAGUCCUUCGGCACAGUGGCGAGAGAAUAUAAGUAAAUCCUAAGGUGAAUACCGAAGUGUAUCGUAAAGGCACUUGUGUAUCGGGGACUUGUGAAAAUUGUAAUAACACAACCGAUCAGUCAGACCGGGUAAUGACACGGACGAAGAAGAAGUGUCCAGCCCGCGUGUCAGGUAUGAGAAUAACAGAGAAGCCAUUACGUGAAUAUCUCGUGAAAGCGUCAUUUCUCGAGUUAACUUCUCGAGAGCAGCGAGUAACAGUCAGCGCCCGUCAGGCGCGCGGAGCGCAUUACCUUCGCGGUUCCAGCAGCUUCGCCUGUAAAAUUGCGAAAACUCGCCAUCCUUGGAAGGCGCGCAGAAAGUCACAAAAGAAGAUCAUAAAAAAUGGCAAAGACUGUAAGACUCCUGCCGAUACUGGGAAUACUAGCCAUGACGAUCAUCCAGCCACAAAGUACGACUUCAUCGUGGUCGGAGCAGGCUCGGGAGGAUCCGUGCUGGCGAAUCGUCUUUCGGAAAAUAAAAAAUGGAAGGUCCUCCUAUUGGAAGCAGGAAGUCCCGAGGGAGUCCUGAACCAGAUCCCGGUCCUGGUAAGCUACUUCCAGCUGACCGACUACAACUGGGGAUACAAAGUGGAGCCUCAGAAGAACGCGUGUCUAGGGAUGAAUAACCGACAGUGUUCGUGGCCUAGGGGAAAGUCCCUAGGUGGCACCAGCACCCUCAAUUACAUGAUCCACACCCGGGGCAAUAGGCUGGACUACGAGCACUGGGCCGAGCUCGGAAAUACCGGCUGGUCCUACGAGGAAGUUUUGCCGUAUUUCAAAAAGAGCGAAAGAUUCAAUGUCCCAGGCAUAAACGACACCAAUUAUCACGGUCGGGAUGGAAAUCUGUGCGUGGAAUACGUGCCGUAUCAUUCGGAGUUGUCGAAAGCGUUUUUAAAAGCCGGAAAAAGGCUGGGCCACAAGAUAUUGGAUUACAACGGGCAGGAGCAGAUAGGCUUCUCGUAUAUCCAAGCAAACAUGGACCGAGGUAGCAGGUGCAGCGCGGCGAAGGCGUAUCUCAGCGAGAAGAGGCCGAACUUGGACAUCGUGACGGGGGCGCGUGUUACGCAAGUACUGAUAGACAAGGCGAACCGAGCCUACGGCGUCAAGUACGUGAAGGACAGGAAGUGGUACAAGGUGCGAUCUUCGAAGGAGGUGAUCCUGUCGGCUGGAACCAUAGACACGGCCAAGCUGCUGAUGCUCUCGGGAAUCGGUCCGCAGGAUCACUUGAGCCAGCUGGGAAUAGAGGUGAUCAAGGACGCCAAAGUUGGCUACAACAUGUACGAGCACAUUGGGUUCCUGGGUCUGACCUUCAUGGUCAACCAGAGCGUGAGCUUGCUACAAAGCAGGAUAGCCAAUCCGAGCGUCCUGCUCGAGUACAUCUUCGAGAGGAACGGCCCGGCGUCGAUACCAGGUGGCGCCGAGGCGCUGGCCUUCGUGAGAACGAAAUACGCCCCGGAUCCUAGACCGGACGUGGAGCUGCUCUUCGCAUCCGGAUCCCUGCAUUCCGACAAUGGCGUCACGCUCAGGCGAGCUCUUGGAAUUACGGAUGAACUGUACAACACCGUCUACAAGCCCAUUGAGAAUCAAGACGCCUGGUCCAUUUGGCCAAUCGUCCAGAAUCCCAGAAGCGUCGGGCGUCUCACCCUCAAGUCCAAGGACCCGUUUCACUGGCCCAUCAUGCAGCCCAACUUCUUUACGCAUCCUGCGGACCUUGAGAUUCUUCUCGAGGGUGUCAAGCACGCGAUUAACGUAUCCCUUACCGAACCCUUCCAGGCCUACGGCACCCGAAUUCACGACAUCAAGAUUCCCGGAUGCCAACAGCUGGAAUUUGGCUCCGACGAUUACUGGCGUUGCGCAAUAAAGCAUUUGCCGUCCAUGAUGAACCAUGAAAUCGGAACUGCCAAAAUGGGACCCGAAACCGAUCCCGACGCUGUCGUCGACCCCAGUCUAAGAGUUUACGGAAUAGAGAGGCUACGGGUUGCCGAUGCCUCGAUCAUGCCUACCAUGCCGACUGGACAUAUCAAUGCUGCCAUCUACAUGAUCGGCGAAAAAGCAGCUGAUCUCGUUAAGGAAACGUGGGAUGGCGCGGCGAAAAAGAAAUCACAAAAUGGACCAUCUGAUGCAAUCAAAACAAGAGCGAGAUAAAUCGCAUCCUCGGAAAAAGGACUAAUCUAAUUAAUUGUUUAAACAUUUUCUACACGAUCGUUUUGGCUUUUUACCUUUCCUCAUUCGUAUAGCAAUGUAAAUAUGCGUAUCAUGAGUUAUCGUUAUGAAUAUCAAAAUGUAAUCGUCGUGCAUGCCAUAAAAUUGCACAAAAAAGCCUCGCCGUUAAUUUUCUCAAUUUAAUUUACGUAAUAAUUUAACCAUACAAACCAUUUUACAUUUAUUUUGUACAGAGCUUGCACCAGUUACGUUUUCCAAGUGUGUAAUAAAUUCAUUAAAAAAAAAAAGAAUCUCAGAUCUUCUAAUCCUUCGAAAGGAUUGAGCACAGCAAGUUCCGCAGAAGUAACACAAAAUGACGUCACAAAACCGAGCAGUCGAAGGGUGUCAACCCCGAAGGGUUGUUUCCCCAGCUGUUGUGUCCGCACAAGGGGAGUCCUCGAAUCAGCCUAAAUGUGGUUUCUCUCUUACUCUAAGAAUUAAUAAUCGCGACCCUUAAAUUUUUUAAAUCAUAAAAUGAAACAAGUCUUGCUCCCGAAGCAAUAGACAUUUUUCAUAAAGGGGGUGAAAUAUCGAUUGAUCUCUCUAUAUUACGUACUGUAUACGUAUUUAGCCGCCCUGCCUUCGUCACGAGUGGAAACGUGAGGAUACCCUCGGUAUUCAUUUUACGUGGUCUAUCUGGCUACGGGAUCCCCCGAGGGAACCGGAACAAUGGAUACCAUAGCACUUUCUGCCCCCGCCGCGACUCUCAAAGAGCGAGAAAGACUCAAGGGUGGCCUACUAACGUACACAUGCAUCCUAUGCACAACCCUAUAUUGUCCGCAAGUGACUCAUCGCCGCACACAUUUUUUCAGAUUCACGUGGACGUAAGAGGAAAAACAUUAUCAAGGCAAAUCGACAAAACCAAAAAGUUACAAUGCGUGAAUAAAAAAUUUGAACAUCA